CAGAACCCAACUCAGCGCCCGAUCCGCGCACCAAAGCCAAUAAUUAAAUUUCAUUGAAAUCAAAUAAUUUAAUGGAGGGAGUUGGCGCCAGAUUGGGGCGUUCCUCGACCCGGUACGGACCGGCCACGGUGUUCAGUGGACCGGUCAGGAAGUGGAAGAAGAGAUGGAUCCACGUUUCUCCGUCAAACAAUAACACAAACAACAGCAGCAAUAAUCAUCUCUCGCAUCAAAAUCAUCACCAACACCACAUCACCAACGGUAACGGUUCUAAUAGUAACGGAAAUAACGGCUCGCAUCUGCUGCUGUACAAAUGGACGCCACUCUCUCAAAGAGACAACAACGGUAACGGUAAUGGGAAUAGUAACAACGGUAAUGGAGACAAGAGCUCUGUUAAGGAUGAUACGACACCGGAGGAGCCUCCUAGGCGUAAAUUCAAAUACAUUCCGAUUGCUGUGCUAGAGGAACAGAAAAAGGCUGCAGAAAGUGAGGCUGAGGAAAAUGCUGAGAAUGAAGCUAAACCUACUGAUAUGGAGCCAAGCGCAGUGGAGCCAGCUCCCAGGAGUGAUGGUUUUGAUGAAAAGCCUGACAUUAAUGAUGUACCUAUGGAGGAAAAUCAGGAUGAUGAACAGGUAGUACGACAGGAUUUAAAUGAAAUCACUCUGGAUUUGAGUUUGGGUUUGAAGGCACAUGAUGGUGACUCCAACUCAAAGACAGAUCUGAGCAGAGAUGCGAAGUUGGAAAGACUGAACUCAAGUAAGUAGAGGCCUUCUGAAGGUUCUGUUUUGCUGCAGAGAAUAUAAGAAGAUAAUUACCCUUCUAUGUGUCCGAUUUAUUAGAGAUCCAAUUUUUCCCGGUACUCUGAUCUUGCUACUGACUCUCAUAGGAAACAAUUUUUUAUUUGGUUGAGUGGCUUGUCCUCGUAUUUUUUAGUCUCUUAUUUGAUGCUCCCUUACAGAGCUGAUUGCAAUUUGUAGUGAUUGUGUUUUAAGUAACACAAUCAUAUUUCCUUUUACUUUUAAAAUUGAACCAAUUGAUUAUUUUGUUGGGUUAUUA